ACCAAGAAUGUUAGCAACUUAUCCAUCUCUCUACCUCUCUCUUUUCUCUGUGAGAGAAAAUGGAGAUUUCAAUUGCAUCAGCAACACUUUCAAUAGCUAUAGCUGUUGUGUCCUGGUGGGCAUGGAGAACUUUAAACUGGGUUUGGUUUAAACCAAAGAUGCUUGAGAGUUACCUGAGAAGACAAGGUCUUUCCGGUAGUCCUUACACUCCUCUCGUCGGCGACUUGAAGAGGAACUUUAGCUUGCUGAAAGAGGCAAGAUCCAAACCCAUCAAACUAACGGAUGAUAUCACACCACGUGUCGUGCCUUAUCCCUUGAAAAUGCUCAAAACUCAUGGAAGAACUUACUUUACAUGGCUUGGACCUAUACCAACCAUCACCAUAAUGGACCCUGAGCAAAUCAAGGAAGUGUUCAACAAAGUUUAUGAUUUCCAGAAGACACAUACCUUCCCUUUGGCCAGGUUGAUAGGCACUGGACUUGCUAGCUAUGAUUGUGAUAAAUGGGCGAAACACCGAAGAAUCAUCAACCCUAUUGUAAAAGCCGAAAAACCGGACUGA